CGAGAAAUGGCCGCGCGCAGAUUGGGCCGCCAGUGACACAGGCGGCGGUUGAGGUGCAGUCGCGGGUCCAGAUAGGCGUAUCCUUGGGGCGAAGCAGGGCCCCCCAGCUCAUUCACCGUCUCGUUGCAUCUUCAUCCCACGGACACAGUUCGGCGACGCCUCUUCUAAGUCUUGGCCAGUGCCAGCCUAACAUUCUAUCUACCUCACUGCCGCCCCGCCAUUGCCCGACACUCUAGUCGAAGCCUACUUAAGGGUCUGACCCCCAGUUCUGUUAUUCGCGCAUAUACCACACUUUCUACCUAUUCCUGUACUCUGUACACCACCUCGACGCCCCUCUCCUCUUCCACACCCUUUGUCGUUGCCUUAGUUUGUUGCACAUUACCGCAGUCAUGGCCGAAUCAACAAUCAUCUCCAAUGCCGCCAACCUCGCAAAGUACCUUCAGCUCCCGCAGAAGGGCAAGAUCACUGCCGAGUAUGUGUGGAUAGACGGCUCCAACGGUGUCCGCUCAAAAAGCAGAACCCUCAACAAGAAGAUCACCAAGGUCGAGGAGCUUCCGGAAUGGAACUUCGACGGAUCGUCAACCGGCCAAGCUCCCGGCGACAACUCCGAUGUCUACCUUAAGCCCGUUGCCUUCUACCCUGACCCUUUCCGGCUGGGCGACAACAUCCUUGUCAUGACCGAGACGUACGGUGCCGACGGAAAGCCCAACAAGUACAACUACCGCCACGACGCUGCCAUUGUGCUUAACCAGCACAAGGACCACGACAUCUGGUUUGGUCUCGAGCAGGAGUACACCCUCCUCGACGUCAACGGCUGGCCGUAUGGCUGGCCCAAGAAUGGCUUCCCGGCUCCCCAGGGUCCUUACUACUGUGGUGUCGGUACCGGCAAGGUCUUCUGCCGCGAUAUCGUCGAGGCUCACUACCGCGCCUGCCUGUACGCCGAGAUCAACAUCUCUGGCACCAACGCUGAGGUCAUGCCCGCUCAGUGGGAAUACCAAGUAGGCCCCGUCGACGGCAUCUCCAUGGGCGACCAGCUCUGGAUGUCCCGAUUCAUCCUGCACCGCGUCGCGGAGGAGUUUGGCGCCAAGGUGACGUUCGCGCCCAAGCCCAUCCCCGGCGACUGGAACGGUGCUGGCCUCCACACCAACGUCUCCUCCAAGGAGAUGCGCCAGGAGGGCGGCAUGAAGCAUAUCGAGGCUGCCAUGGAGAAGCUCGCCAAGCGCCAGGCCGAGCACAUGGCCGUUUACGGCGAGGACAACCACCAGCGCAUGAGCGGCAAGCACGAGACGUCAAGUUAUGACAAGUUCACCUGGGGCGUUGCCAACCGUGGCUCGUCUGUCCGCAUUCCCCGCUCCGUCGCUGCCGAGGGCAAGGGCUACUUCGAGGACCGCCGCCCUGCCUCCAACGGUGACCCAUACCAGCUCACCGGCAUCAUCACCGAGACUCUGUACGGCAAGGUCGAGGGUGCUGACGUUGCUGCCUUCGCCGAGGGCACCGCCAACGUGGAGGAGCUUGUUGUCCCCGUCGCGAAACCCUAGAGGCGCUUCGUUUCUCUAGUGGCUGCGUUUACUUGACUUCUCUUCGACCCCCUUAGACAUUUUGGCGUUGUGAUUGGGUUUUAACGAUUCCCGCCUUCACUUUGAAGGUCAUGUUCUGGAGGUGCCGUUCAAGUGGUGCCUUGAGUUGGUUGCAUGUAGUAUACCAUAGCCAGUGGUGAGAUACACUGCGCACGAUAAUGAAGAGAGA